AUGGGAUUUGAUGAACCAUCUACGGGUCAUAGACAAUGCAUUUUUCCAAUGAUAAAUUCACAAAAUACAUUGGUAAAUUUCCUAUUCGAACGUGUGGAAGGAACUGAUCGAAUGGUUUCUUAUUCAAUUGCAAUUGUGGAACGAUUUAGGAAUGAGGAAAUUAAAAAGAAUAUCACAAUUGUUAUUGGAAAGGGCUAUAUGUGGUUCCAUACAGUUCGACACUUGCUAAAAACCUUUGGAGGUGAUGAAAUCAAGGUUUUUUGUUUGGAAGAAACUAAAGUAAAAUAUCAAGGAAAUUAUGACGUCUUGAUUGGAACUCCUGAGAAAAUUAAAGACCUAUUGGAAAGUGGAAUUGUUAAUUGUAAAGAUAUAAGCUUAUUGGUAGUUGAUCAAUUAGAUGAAUGGAAUGAAUUCAAUUUAAAUAUGCAUGAAAUUUUGAGGAAUGUUAAUUGUCAAAUAUUUUGGUGUAGUAAUGGAAAGAGAAAUGAUUUCACCAAUGAAAUUUAUUUGAAAUCUCCCAUUGUUAUUGAAUCCAAAGAUGUAGAGAAGAAUAAUAUGGUAUUGAACUGCAGUUCUCGACAUUUUAAUAUUGGCGUGGAAAAGGAGAUUUACAAACUUGAGGUUCUUGAAGCAUUAUUAGAAACUAUUCCCAUCAAUACUGUAAUUUAUUGUAAUUCUGAUAAUGUUGCCAAUGGUAUUUCAAAUUACCUUCAAGCACAUAAUUUAGCAGUUUCAUGUCUAAGCAAAGACAUGUCAGAAUUAGAAAUUGAACAAAAAACCAAUGAAUUCAGAGAAGGAAAUGUCCAACUCCACUUGAUUCUUGCAAAUCUAAAAGUUUCCCGAUUGAAAUUCAAUCCUCGAGUAGUUAUCAAUUUCAAUCUCCCUUGGCAGAAUGAUAAGUAUACAUAUUGGACUCCUUGCUUUAGUCUAAUAACGAAUGAAGAUAGAAUCAAGUUGAAAGAAAUUGAAAAGAUUUAUUCAAUAGAAAUACAAGACAAAGAGCUACGAAAAUACAGUAUUUGGAAUUGA